UUUUUUUACAAUAGUAAGUUUAAGCCUCUAUGAUAAAAUAACUGAAAACUUAACAAAUAUUCUUCGCAAGAAAUUUGGAAGAACACCACGCAAUGAUAAAUUUUUAGUAUGAAUAAAUCUCUUAAAUAAAUUUCGUGAAUCUGUGAGUGCAUAAAGUUUUUUUACGAUAAAUUUUAUUCUGAAGUAACAUGGAAGAAGAAAAUGUACCUAGCGAAGAACAGCCAAAAGGUGAAGAAGUUGAAGAGGGCGACAAUAAUGUCGAAGGUCAGGCAGAUACUGAAACUAGGACCGAUGAACAAACUGUGGACCAGGAAGGACUGGAGGGAGAGGUUACAGAGAGAACUGAAGGUGAAACGGUGGUGGGGGAACAUGAUGAGCAAGAUGAGUUACUUGGGGAACAUAAAGAGCUGGUAAUGGGGGAAGGGGAGGAAAUGAUGGGCGAAGAAUUGGAAGGAGAGCAUGUAGAAGGGGAAGAAACUGAAAAAAAAGAACCCCCUCCGCCUGUCGAAGAGGCAGUGGAAGAGGAAGAGGGAUAUGUUGAAGAGCCACCUCCAGACCCCACCGCUGCUUACGAUUUAUCUGACUCAAAGGAAGCUCUAAAACCACCUUUUGAAUUGAGGCCCGAGCAGUUGGCCGAAGUCGAACAACUUUGGGACUUUUAUCAAAACUGUACACCUGCUUAUGCCGAUCUUGACGGAUACAUAACUGAAAAAGAAUUAGUCUAUAUGCUAAAAUGUCUGAUGCUGAUGACUGUUACGCCAGAGCAAUUACAAGAAUUGAUAGUAUUUUGUGUAAGACCACCGCAUCCUCUAGGUCAUAUAGUAUUUGAUCAGUUUUUGAAGAUGGUUACCAUACGGCAAAGGGACUUCCCAGUUGAAGAAGAAUUACGAACGGCGUUGCAAGUUAUGGAUCCAGGCAGAACCGGAACUAUUGACAGAGAAUUUUUAAAAGAGACUCUUUCUAAGCUUGGUUACAAAAUGCCUCAGAAACAAUUGGAUAAUUUAAUUAAAGAAGUAGACAUGAGCAAUGACGGAACCAUAGGUAUUGAAGAUGUUGUUGGCACUAUGUGCAUAGAUCUGAAUAAAGAGGAUUUGUUAAUGCUUAUGGCAUCAUUACAACCACCGGAAGAUCAAGCGCCUGCUGAGGAACCAUAGCAAAUUUAUCAA